AUUUAUUAUUUUUAAUGUAGCUAGUUUCUCUUUCCGAUUUUUCUUUGCCUUUGCCACCACUAUCCCCACAAUCUCAUUCCAUUCCUCUCUCAUCUUCCUUGUGCCUUCUCCUACACUUUUUCCUUUUCCAACCUCUCUUACUCUUUUCUUUUUCUUCCCUUUCCACUGAAGAAAAACAUAGCCAUGACUGAAGAGGAGUGGCUUAAAGCGGCUACAAUGGAUGAUACUGUGGUUGCUGAGUUAUUGUUGCGUCUCAACCAGGUCAAUCCGUCUCCGUCCAAGUCAAAGAAGACAAGCUUACCGCUUGAGUGGACUGUGCGUCAACGCCGGUCUAGACCGAUUUCUGUUAAUGCUAAGAAACCGGCUCCACGUGCUAGCCCCACUACACCUUUAUCCUGGAGUGGCGCCACCUCUGUUAGCGGUGGAGGUGGCGGAGGUAGUGGUUGCGCCGUUGAUGGUGGUUGCGAAGAGUCCAGCGGACCUCCUCCUACUUUCAAAACUCCCAGUAGCACGAGAUCUAAGGUUAACAGUACUAGUGAUGCUACCACCAGCAAGAGAUCAAGAAAGAAAAAGACAUUGACUGAACUGAAAGAAGAGGAGAUCUUGCUAAUUAAGGAAAGAAAGCAAUUGAAGAAGGAAUUAGCUUUGGUACGCAUCAAUCUGGAGAAACAGAGAGAUACAAAUCAAAACCUGAAAAGAAUGAAGCUUGAUUUGCACCCUCAGCAGGCAAAUGAAAGAGGUACACCUGUUGCAUGUGAUGGAAGAAGUUUGGGUCAGUAUCAGCAAGAGGUCCUACCAAGUAAUCCAAUCAUUCCCAUCUUCCGGGAAAAAGCCGCAAACAAGGUCUCAAUAUUGCCAUCAUAUCUGGAAGAGCAGCAAGAUGUCGCAGCUUUGGAGUCUAAAUUUGUACUCCCAGACCUCAAUAUUCCGUUUGGUGAGGAUUCCAGCACUGAAAUUCUUUGUGGGUGAGCUGAUAUAGUAAAGCAUUACACGGGCAUCCUCCGACAAAGGAAGACAAGUAUAAUGAGAAGCAUCUAUAGCUAGUAAGGGCUAACCCUGUUAUAGUAUGAUUUAUGGAGUCAGAUGUAACAAAGCACAUUCCUCCGCCGCGCAGGUUUUUAGUCAUGAAGGUAUUGAGGGUAGUUAGGAUCUGUGAUUUUUUUCUUGAGAAGAUGUCAACCGUAGGUUAGAGAUCCUAACUCAUUAGUUGCAGUAACAUUCUUUUCUGACAGGUUUCUUCAAUGUCCGAUUCUUUGGGGCCAACCCUCAUUCCUUCUGAGUUUGAGAUAAAAUGUAACUAUUUCAUAUAGUAGUCGAUCAUAUUACAUGAAUACCACGACUCUCUUUGCUCUAUUGAUGCAUAAACUUUCAUUA